CCAAGUGGAUGAUUCCUUCAUGCUCAAAGCUAUGCAACAACAAUUUCAGAGGCUAGACAUCAUGUUUGGUGAAAUUAAAGACAAAAUGGAGAAGCAAGAUGCGGUCAUUGCCAAGUUAUACCAAAUACAGAAUGGAAGUCCAAAUUUGCAUAAUCACGAUCUUGAUGACAAUGAUGAAGAUGCAUUCAAUGAUGAUGCCCAUAACUCAAAUUUCAGCAUAGACAGAUUUAUGAGAGGUAGAAGGGGUCAAAGAUAUAGAUUUAACAAAGGAGACCAAAAUCUGGCAAGGUGGGGAGAUCGACAAGAUCAUGACUUAAGCAGCAUCAAGAUGAAGAUUCCUCCAUUUCAAGGCAAAAAUGAUCCAAAUGUGUAUUUGGAGUGGGAAAAGAAGGUGGAAUAUGCCGUUGAUGGAGAACUGCUUGUCACUAGACGAGCUUUGAAUAUGCAAGCCACAGAAGAUGAUGAAGUACAACAUGACAAUAUAUUUCACACGAGGUGCCAUGUCAAAAACAAGCAUCCAAGGCCAUAUAAGCUACAAUGGUUAAACGAUUGUGGAGAAAUCAAGGUAAAUAAGCAAGUUCUGGUUUCAUUCUCUAUUGGACGAUAUAAGGAUGAGGACUUCAAGGAUGUGUUUCCAGAUGACGUUUCUAAUGGUUUACCACCAAUAAGUGGAAUCAAGCAUCAAAUUGACUUCAUUCCUGGUGCAACAAUUCCAAACCGACCAGCAUAUCGAAGCAAUCCCAAUGAGAUGAAAGAACUUCAAAGGCAGGUCGAAGAACUCAUGCAAAAGGAACAUGUGAGAGAAAGCAUGAGUCAAUGUGCAGUUCCAGUGCUACUUGUGACUAAGAAGGAUGGGACUUGGUGUAUUGGCAUUGGUGCUGUUUUGAUGCAAGAGCGGCGACCUAUUGCGUUUUUCAAUGAAAAAUUGAUUGGUGCAGCACUUAACUAUCCUACAUAUGACAAGGAGAUGUAUGCAUUGGUAAGAGCUUUAGAGACAUGGCAGCAUUAUCUUUGGCCUAAGGAGUUCAUGAUACAUACUGAUCAUGAGUCGUUGAAGCACCUAAAGGGACAAGGUAAGUUGAAUAGACGACAUGCUAAGUGGGUGGAAUUCCUUGAGAUGUUUCCCUAUGUGAUCAAGUAUAAGCAAGGAAAGGAAAACAUUGUGGCUGAUGCUUUAUCUCGUAGGAACCCAGCUCACGAGUUCACGAUGAACCCAGGCGCCUGGGUUCAUCGCGAACCUAGGAGCUGGGUUCCUCGCGAACCCAGGAGCUGGGUAGCCUGCGACGAACCUAGGAGCUGGGUAGCCUGCGACGAACCCAGCUCGCGGGUUCGCAAUGGGUUCUCGAAGAUGGCACACUUCAUUCCAUGUCAUAAAACUGACGAUGCAACCAAUAUUGCGGAUCUAUUCUUCAAGGACGUUUGGGGAAGGCUGGGAACUAAGCUACUGUUUUCGACUACUUGUCAUCCACAAACUGAUGGACAAAUAGAAGUGGUUAAUAGGACGUUGUCAACCUUAUUGCGUUCUAUUAUUCAGAAGAACUUGAAGAACUGGGAAGAGUGUUUGCCGCACGUUGAAUUUGCUUAUAAUCGGAGCAUCCAUUCAGCAACUAACUGGUUGCCAUUUGAAGUUGUGUAUAGUUUUAAUCCACUCACUCCUUUAGAUUUAUUGCCUUUACCUAUUGUCGAACAAGCUAGUUUGUAUGGGAAAAAGAAAGCUGAAGUGGUUAAGCAACUGCAUGAGAGGGUGCGACAAAACAUAGAGCAACGAACUGAGCAAUAUGCAAAACAAGCCAACAAAGGACGCAAGAAAGUUAUAUUUGAACCUGGAGAUUGGGUUUGGGUGCAUAUACGCAAGGAGCAAUUCCCUGCACAAAGAUGUUCUAAGCUGCAACCAAGUGGCGAUGGACCAUUUCAAGUGAUUGCGAGGAUUAAUGACAACGCAUUCAAGUUGGAGCUUCCUGGUGAGUAUAAUGUUAGUGUUACUUUUAAUGUUUCUGAUCUUUCUCUUUUUGAUGUAGGUGACGAUUUGAGGACAAAUCCUUUUGAGGAGAGAGGGAAUGAUGGGAAUCAAGACAACAACAUAUCUACUACGUCAUGUGAUCCAUUACACACCCAAGGAGGUCCAGUCACGCGAGCUAGAGCUAAGAAGAUGCGUGAAGCUUUAAAUGGCCUUAUUGAGCAGAUCUGGGUUGAAAACAACAUACAACAAGCAAAUCGAAGCUUGGAUGAUUAUCAAGGCAUGGUAAACAUCAUUCAGGUUCAAGAGAAGCUUAGUUGAGGUUCUUUGCAUGAAAUUACACAGUUUGCGUCAAAAUCGCACAAUUCUGUCGUAAUUUGUAGCAAACUGAUAUUUCAUGUUGUUUUAGAUUAUUUUUAGUGAUUUUCACCUUUUUUGUAUUAUUUUUGGGCUGAACAUUCGCUUAUUUGAAGCCCAAUUCGUGGUUAUUAGGUUUAGGACUUAGGGUGUUAGUUUCCUAUUUUGUUUAGGAUUUGUUUUCUCUAUUUAAAAGGCUUGUAACCCUAAUGGAGAGGGAGGAAUUGAAUCUGAGAUUUUGAGAGACUUUUCUUUUUGGUUCGUUUCAGAACUUUAUAGAACUUAUUAAGAUUAUUCUUGUGGCGUUCUAACCUAACUUAUCAUUCUUGUUCUUAAUCGUUUGAGGGUGUGGCAUCAACCAACUUUAUACCUUUGGUUCUUGUUGCAUCAUAGACAAUGGGUCAAGGCUUUCACCUUUGGUUCUUGUUGCGACAUAAACAAUGGGUCAAGGU